CCUAAUUUAAUCUAACUUUUCUCCACCUCGCGCAAUCGCAACCGUCCCCCAUGGUCUUCCUUCGUUUAGAAGUCCGGGUGUACCCGCGGGAGCAAGAGCAAGUUCCCUCAUGGUCGGGGUCCCUGCGCUCAAUCUUGCCUAAUAAGAAACCAGAUUCUGAGGAUACCAACACGAUAAAGAGCUUCGCAGGGCUUUUGUUAACAGUGGAGAAGCCGGAGGAGCUAUCGUUGGCUGAUCUUGCUACAUUGAUCAAACAAAAAUGGAAAGCGCUUCGCCCAAAUUCCGAGCCUCUUGUUAUUAAGAAACUACUCGAUGAUACAAUGCCAUUGAUUGACCUCGAUGCUGGAAUGUCAGUUGAGGAGGUUUUCGUGAACCGCGGAAAAGCCCGCGCAGAUGGCCACGACCAACGCGGCACCGUCCGUGUCAUUCAAAAACCUCAUGCCCAUGCCCCCGAGCGGUUCCCUUCCGUCGAAUUGGACUUUGAAGCGGCCAGUGAAGCGUUCACCCGGAAACGAAAGCAUCAAACCCCCGAGAACGAUGUACCGUCAAAGGAACCUCGGAUAGAGGGUCAAUUUGGCCGAGUGGCUCCUCAAUCACCUAAAAGCCAUACCUCAACCCGAAGACAGGAGCUUGGGCCAUCCUGGACGAGUCCGCAUCGCAGACCAUCCAAUGUGCUUCCGCCUAAUAAGAAAGGACUAGGGCUCGGUAUCACCAGUAGUCCUCCCAAGAGGCCCGACUACGACCGCCAUGUUUCCUUCAGCGAAACCAGCACUCCAAUUGCCAGGAACCCACCUAAGCCUUCCAUUCCACGCAGUAGCCAAGGUCCUACUCCCUCUAGUAGCCAAAUUGAAGGAAUCGUUUAUCCCCCUAACUUUAACCCGGAAAAAAUUCAACAGUUGAAAUCAGACCUGGAAAAUGAGGAACGGGAGAUGCCUGAGAUUAUCCAAAAGUUAAAGGAUCCAAAUACGCAUACAUCAUUACUACCAAUCUUGAGGGAUAUGCUUGAUCUCCACGAGAGGAUUAAGGCCCCAGCUACAUCAAAGAGCAACAGAAGGAGAAGUAUGGUGAAAACUGAACACAGGAAGAAACUUGAAGAAAAACGAAUGGAAUUGCAUAAGCGUGAGGCUGCGCUUGCUGCUAAGUCUUUACAACCGCUUGAAGAAAACGGCCAUGCGACAUCCGAAAUUGAGGAGUCAGUCGAAGUCUCGGACAUUCCGGAUACCGAUGACGAAGUGACGAGCGGGGUCAAUGGAAACAACGAUCUCGAGAAGCCUGAAGAUCAAAGCGACGAGAAGGCCAUUGACAGUGAUGAAGAAAUGACGGAUGCGGAAUCAGUCAAAAUGAAUGGCCAACCUCAGACUGCGAACGAUAAGGGUGAAUCGUCAGAGGAGUCCGAAUCGUCAGAGGAUUCAGAUUCGACAGAUGAGUCAGAACCCGAAGCAGAUCACUCAGUCAAAUCACCUUUGGACGAGGGAGCUGCAAUCGUUGAUGACAGUGACGACGAGCCAGAAUUGCCAACAAACCAUCAAGCGAAAGCAUCUGUAGAUGAUAAGACCGGAAACGUUAGCGAUGACGGUGACGAGGAGCCAGUCUCGACAAAAAUGCAGCAAGUACAAACACUUGCUGAAGAUGAGGCUGGGUCUGAUGGUGAUACCGAAGACAAUGACGAGUCAGAAUCGGCAACAGAGAACCUCGCCAAAGCAUUAGUGGAUGAUGAGGCUGAUGUGGAUGAUGAUGGCGAAGAGCAUGAGGAAGAAGAGCAGGAAGAAGAGCUGGAGGAGGAGGAGGGGGAGGGGGGGGGAGGAUGA